UGUUGCUCAUUACUACCGAGAUAUUACAAAUUCUGUUAUCAAUAUUUUUCUUGUACUUGAUUAACGCAACACAUACAUGUGGUGGUCUUAAUCAAAACAGGCUAAAGCAAAUGGUAUGUAUACCUGGAACAUGAGGUCACUUUCUGGUUCACCUUGAAUUAUUAAACCAAAGCAAAAAAUUUAAACAGUGCGAAUCCGCGAAGUGCGUCGUUCACACUAAUAUUCUUGGUUUUUCGUGCUUUAAGUGAAUGAAAAUAUGCAGCAAAAACUGCUACCACUAAUUCUUUUACUUUUUCCCGUAUACAGCUUACUCACAGAAGCCCCAAACAAAGACCACUCGAUCGUCGAUUUAGCGCCGCUGAUAGAAAUCGGGGCAAAAUUAACCACCUUAACCGAAACCGUGAACACCCUUAAAAAAGAUAUCGUGCGGGGUGUGGAUAGCACGCUUGAUAACAAACUCAAACGCUUGGAAGAAAUAAUGAAGAAGACACUCCAAGACGAAUUAAUAAAAAGCGAAAGAAGACUGUCGCUAGAAAUAGAACAAAAUAAGCAACUCCCGGCGGACUGUAAACAAAUCAAAGACAUGGGCAAGAACGUGUCUGGGGUUUACCGAAUCCAGCCGAUACUCGCCUACAAUCCAUUUCUGGUUUGGUGUGACAUGGUCACGAUGAAGGGCGGAUGGACCAGGAUUCUGAACAGAGUCGAUGGUAGUGAAAAUUUUUACUUAAAUUGGACUAGCUACAAGCACGGUUUUGGAAAACUGGCGAAGGAACAUUGGCUAGGUCUUCAGCAUAUUUACGAAUUAACAAAUAGCAAACCUACUGAGCUGUUAAUCGAACUGGUAGACUGGGACGAGCGCAGAGUGUACGCUCGGUAUAACAAUUUUACCAUUGGGAGAGAAGUCGAGGGGUAUGUUAUUCACAGUGUGGGCAAAUACCGUGGUAAUGCUGGAGAUUCGUUUAGUUCUCACGUCGGUGUUAAAUUUAGUACUGCUGAUAGAGAUCAAGACAAGAUGAAAAAUAUAUCGUGCGCAGUCCAUUUUGCCAGUGGUUGGUGGUUCCAUCAGUGCUACCACUCCCUUCUUACGGGUAAAUAUUUAGGGAAUUAUCACACAUCCGGUGAUGAAAACAAACAUAAAUCUAGUGUGAAGUGGGGUACGUUCCAUGGCUACAAUUACAGUCUGAAAGAGGCUAGGAUGAUGCUAAGACCGUUAAAAAUUUAGUCGUAAAAAAUAGUAAAAUUAGUUUUAGAGUGUUUUGUAAUGUUUACAGUUAUACAUAAAUGUAUCUGC